GGUCCGACAUCUCCUAAUCAAUUAGGUCCGUCCUUCUGUUCGUACCUGUCCUCAUACAUCCAUAAUCUGAAUCUGCUCUCAUCUAAAUUCCCUCUUUUACCAUUUUCACCGAGUUCUAGAGGUUGAGCGAAAGGGAAAAAGAUGUUGGGGGUUAUAAGGCGGAAAAUCGGUGCCGGAGGCUCUUCUCUACUGACUUCGGGAUGGUCCUUUCAGUCUCGCCCUGCCGUGUCGGCAUGGAGAAGCUACUCAUCAGCGGCAAAAGAGAUGACAGUGAGAGAUGCUCUAAACUCUGCGCUCGAUGAGGAAAUGUCUGCUGAUCCUAAAGUAUUCUUGAUGGGGGAAGAGGUUGGGGAAUAUCAAGGUGCAUACAAGAUAUCCAAAGGGCUCCUGGAAAAGUAUGGUCCUGAGAGGGUUCUUGAUACACCAAUCACAGAGGCUGGGUUUACAGGGAUUGGAGUUGGUGCUGCUUACUAUGGGCUGCGACCUGUUGUAGAGUUUAUGACAUUUAACUUCUCUAUGCAGGCAAUUGACCACAUCAUUAAUUCUGCUGCAAAAUCAAACUAUAUGUCUGCUGGGCAGAUAUCUGUGCCUAUAGUUUUCAGAGGGCCUAAUGGUGCUGCUGCUGGUGUUGGUGCCCAGCACUCUCACUGUUUUGCUGCAUGGUUUGCCUCCUGCCCUGGGUUGAAAGUGUUGGCCCCUUACUCAUCUGAAGAUGCUCGUGGACUGCUAAAGGCCGCCAUACGAGAUCCCGAUCCUGUUGUUUUCCUUGAAAAUGAGUUGUUAUAUGGUGAGUCAUUCCCUGUUUCAGCCGAAUCUCUUGAUUCCAGUUUUUGUCUUCCAAUAGGGAAAGCUAAGAUUGAGAGAGAAGGAAAGGAUGUGACUAUUACGGCUUUUUCAAAAAUGGUGGGCUAUGCACUCAAGGCAGCUGAGAUACUCACAAAGGAAGGUAUCAGCGCUGAGGUUAUAAAUUUACGCUCAAUUCGGCCACUAGAUAGAUCCACAAUCAAUGCCUCUGUCAGAAAAACCAACAGACUGGUAACGGUUGAAGAAGGGUUUCCUCAGCAUGGUGUUGGAGCUGAAAUCUGCACCUCUAUUGUUGAGGAGAGCUUUGGUUAUCUUGAUGCACCAGUCGAGAGAAUUGCUGGGGCUGAUGUUCCUAUGCCUUAUGCAGCUAAUCUUGAGAGAUUGGCUGUUCCACAGGUUGAAGACAUUGUUCGUGCAGCAAAGAGAGCAUGCUACAGAUCUGUGCCAUUGGCUGCAGUUGCCUAAUUCCUACCAGAUCCAUCCUGAAACUUUUCCAAAUCCAGAUCAUAGUGAGUGUUCGAUAUGUGGUACAUUCUGGAGAUGCAUACGAGCAAGUGACGCCUAAGCACAAUUGCGAACUACAGAAAAUAACUUUCCAACCUUCUUGAUAUUGCUGUGGAAUUGAGUGUAUAUUAUGUCAGCUCACAGGGUCAACAAUUUUGGGUUUUGCAUGCAUAAAUGACAGAAAUGGAGAAUGCCAUCA